AUGCUCCUUACACCGGACCAUUUUGCAGAGGCUUUUGAGGAAAUAAGAAAAACAUCCUUGACACAUUCUACGUGUAAACUUGCCAUUUUCACGGCAUGCUUAAACGUGGAUGCUAUUUGCUCGGCGAGAAUGCUAUGCGGGCUAUUAAAAAAAAGCCUCAUAGUAUUUCAAAUGAUACCAGUAGUGGGGUAUAAUGAUUUGAAGAAGAAAUACGCGAAACUUGACGAUACUAUCUCCAAUGUGAUUAUGUUGGAUUGUGGAUCAAUGGUGGACCUUGAAAGUUUUCUAGAAAUUGAUGUCAAUAAUUACUUGGAUAAAGAUUAUUAUCAAUCAAUGGUUACACCAGACAACUCAAGCCAGUUGGGAGAUAGCAAUUUGAAACUCACAAGAAAGAUUUACAUUAUAGAUGGACAUCGUCCCUGGAAUCUUGACAAUUUAUUUGGCUCACAAAUGAUUAAUUGCUUCGAUGAUGGAGGUACAUCAGAAGAACUAGAGCACGAAAAGGAGGCCUACGAUCUGCUAGUAUCAAUGGAAAGUGACGAAGAGGAAGAUGCGGAUAGUGAUAGCGAUAAAGAUGGAAGUGAUCAUGAGGAAGAACUUUCAAACUCAUCUUUUGAGAAAGAUGAACAGGCUGAAGGUAAUGAAAAUCAGAAUCAGGAUGAAGAUAAGUCUCAAGAGUCAAGAAAACGUACAGGUUUUGAAUCCUUUGAAGAUCAAAAUCCCGAUGAACAACAAGAACAUCAAAUUAACAAGAAGAGACGAAGAACUCAAAUGAGAGAAGGUGAAAGAACCAUAGAAAACUACUACAAUCAGGGAACGACAGUUAUCAUUCCAUCUUCUUUACAGAUGUAUACAUUACUUUCGACAAUUGGACGGUGCAACAUGGAUAAUUUAUGGUUGUCAAUUGUAGGGGCGACAUCUUUGAAGGCAAACUACGAGCAUGUUUAUGAUGACGUAUUUCCACUAUUGAAGGAAGAGGUUAAUAGAUUGCAAUCUGAAAAACAGGCGGAAGAUAAUGCCAAAACUUUAGCUACAACACAGAACAAUACCAGUCAGUUAGAGCUAUCCAAAAAUAUGGGUGAUAGGGCGGACAAUUGUAGUAUUCAAAUAGAUAAAGAAUACUCAUUAUUUUUAUUGAGACACUGGAACAUGUAUGAUGCAUUUUUCUACUCCAAUUACGUGAACUCCAAAUUACAAUUAUAUACAAACCAAGGGCGGAAAAAGCUUAACACAAUGUUUGCAAGAAUGGGAAUAUCAUUGGUAUCCGCAAGUCAGAACUGGCAUUACCUAGACAUUGAUCUGAAGAAGAAGAUUAAUAGAAUUUUUACCAAAAACCUUUCUCAACUAGGGUUGACGGACGUGAUCCGAGAUGGUUUUGUCCGAAAUUAUGGCUUUGAUGGUGCAAUAAGUGCAGGUGAUUACGCUGAAGCGGUUACUGCACUUUUAGAAUUUGACGGUGAAAUGAACACACUAUCAAAGUUCAAAGAAGGUGGUAUUGGUAACGAUCAAACAACGCCGCCCGAAGAGGAGGAUGCUAACGACGAGACAAAACAUACAGAUGACGAUGGUAAAGCUGAAAGUUUGAACAAGCUAAUUAUUGAAAGAGAAGAACAAUUCAUUAGAAACUUUUGGAAGGCAUAUGAUUCAUUGGCAUCAAUAAAUUUGGUUGAAGCAGGAAUUCGUAUUGCUCAAUUGCAGCAGAAAUUCAUUUUUGAAAAAGGAUUUGAAAUAUUUCACAAGCGAAUGGUUAAAAAUCUUCGGAUAUUCCGUCUUGUUGUCCUCAAAAAUAGCUUUACUUCAAAUAGUACGGUGACCGAUAUAACUAUAAACAAUUAUGCGCCAUCUAGACAUUCUACGUUGAUCGGGACAUCUGAUACUGCAGCAUCCAGCUCACUAAAUGAAAAGGAUACAGUCGAUUUUCACACGCUUGGAUCUAGUCAAAAACUUUUCCAGAACCCGCUUAUUUUGACAAAACUUGGUAAUUGGAUAUUAGAGGCUUGUGCAGAGAUGGAUACACCACCGGUCCCAUUGGUCAUUGCUGCCUUAGAUAGAGAUACAGACACAUAUUUGGUUUGUGGGUUACCUCCUAAGUAUCCAAAUAUGAGGGGCAUCGACACCAAUAGAGAACUGGAAAAACAGUCUGAAAGUACAACUGUGCUUAACACAUUUUCGUUGGCAUUUCAAGAGAUUGCCAAUAGUACCGGUGCCAAAGCCAGAAUUGAUAGCUUUGAGAGUACUAUAAUCGAGAUAAGGAAAGAGGAUUUACCACUUUUUUUAGAACGAUUAACUUUGAGUGGUUUGGUGUAA